GGUUGGGUACCGUUAACGCCCACUUUAGGUAUUGCUCAUUUUGCGGAGAGGCAGCAGCCCCAUUCAUAGAGCUAGUAGGCAGGCAGGCAAAGCGCAGGAGCGGCCAAACACCAUCACCGACGUAGUGUGUGAGCCAAAUGAUGGUCUCUCACUGAAAAUACCAGGCCAGGUUUAACUGCGCUAUCAUUGUCAGCCGUUUUCGACAUCGGACACACCCGCAACUGAAAUCGUAACCAUCUGUUCAGGAAUAAGAUUUGAAUGUCUUGAUUGAAUACUGGAGGUCCUCUCCUGCGCUCGACCUGCCGCGGAAAAAGACUGACUUCCUAGUCGCCUGGCUCCUCAUCGCUGCCGCAAACCCGGCCACCCCACUCGGCUCAGUUAACGCAGGCUGUCCGCGGACACUGGCUUCGGCAUCUGGACACAUCGGAACUGGUCUACCGUCGUUGAAGAUACGGAAACGUGCCUGUGUGCAGUUGCUGCCUGUAUAAUGCCGACACAUUUGCGGUUCCGGAGAAGGUCAUUCCUUGGGCUUUUAUUCCUUUUUUCACUGUCCACCUCUGCAUUGUAUUUCAUCUACUCCGCCCCCGGAGUCGUGAAUGAGUAUGUGUUCAUGGUCCAAGCCAGAGGGAUACAGAUCAGAGAGAACGUGAAGAACAUCGGGGCUCAGGUUCUGGAGCAGGUGGUCAGAGGGGCUUACAGCAACAAUGGCACAGAUUAUGCCUAUGACUUCAACGUGAGCGAGAGCGAUGCUCCUCCCACCACAUACCUCCCUGAGGGCUUCACCUAUCUCCCCUCUCAGGUUUGCCCUGAGAGGCUGCUCUCAAUGAAGGGCAGGUUGGAGGUGAAUAUGAGUGAAGUGUCUUUGGAGGAGGUGGAGAGAUACUUACUGGAGGGAGAGCCUCAGAUGGCCUCAGGAGGCUACUGGAAGCCCAAAGACUGUUUACCUCGCUGGAAGGUGGCAAUCCUAGUCCCAUUCAGGAACCGACAUGAACACUUACCCAUUCUCCUGAGACACCUGGUGCCAGUGCUGAAAAAACAGAGACUCCAGUUUGCCUUUUAUUUCAUAGAGCAGGAGGGCAUGGAGCCAUUUAACCGAGCCAUGUUGUUCAACGUGGGCUACAAAGAGGCUAUGAAGGACCUGGACUGGGACUGUCUUGUCUUCCACGAUGUUGACCACCUCAUGGAGAAUGACAGAAACUACUACGGCUGCACAGACAUGCCCCGACACUUUGCGGUCAAACUCGACAAGUACUCCUACAUGCUUCCGUAUAAUGAAUUCUUCGGUGGUGUCAGUGGCCUAACGGUGGAGCAGUUCAAAAAGAUUAAUGGAUUUCCUAAUGCAUUCUGGGGCUGGGGAGGAGAGGACGAUGACCUCUGGAACAGGGUGCGGUUCGCCAAUUACACAGUAAGUAGACCACAGCGAGACGAGGGACGCUAUAAAUCCAUUCCACAUCACCAUCGCGGGGAAGCCCAGUUCCUAGGAAGGUAUAGUCUACUACGCCACUCAAAGGAGAGACAGAAAGUGGAUGGUCUCAACAACCUAAACUACUCCCCCCUAGUGUCCAGGAGGCCUCUCUACACCAACAUCACGGUCAAUUUGAGCAGAAUGCUUGCACCCGUAGCUGACUACUGAUGUAGCUGGACUGCAAAACACCUGGGAAUCAAAGUCCUCUGGGACAUCAGCCAUAUCUCACCAGUUGCAGCACUGCUUAGGACUCUUUAGUUGAUUGAUUCUUUGCUUUAUUUUUUUUGUUUGUAUGCAAAAAAAAAAAGGAGACUUAAAUAACGAUGUUGGAUAAAUCAUAAAAGAAAUUAAGGAUAAAUGUUGCACUUGCUUGUGCCACAGUCCAUCACUCCUCUCAUCUGGGCUUAUCUAGUCUCAACAUGCCUUUUGCACCAUUUUGGCCUUCAGCAUCCAUCCAUUCACUCAUUUUUUUUAUUCAGUCAACUAUUAGCUCAGCCCUACACUAUUGUGCUUGUUUAUUAAAAUAGGCCAUGAUACACACACACACACACAUACAGGUUCACACGCGCCGCUCACAACAGUUUGACUCACACAUGCUGACCUGGUCCCUGAGGCUUUGCUUUUUUACUUUGCUCUUGCUCUUCUUAUUUUCAACAAUGCAGCAAGCCUGUGAAAACAUUUGCAUGCACACACGACCACACAACUUUUAACCCGAGUGGACUCUUGCAGCUGGUUCUGCAGAAGGUUUGCAAAAUCUACAAGUGAUGAGAAAGCAAGAGAAAAUGAUAUUAAGCGCGAGUGUUUUCAGUCAUGUAUACUGUAUGUGAAAUAGUUUAUCCUAACCUUAGAGAAUAUGAAUACCUUAGGCAUCUCUCACCAACUAUAUUUUGUCCUGUGAACAUACCAUUUAAAGACUGUGAUAUUUGUGUUUGCAUAGUUGCAUUGGAUGUUCUGGCUGCCUGCAAGUGGCUGUAUGUUUGAGAGCAAUGCUCAUCCUGUUAGCAAUAAGCUGUAAUAUCAGACAGCAGAACUUAGACCUGACUUCCUCACUAUACAGAUGCAAUAGCACGGGUGCUAGCAUACCCUUAUUGGACGACAGAACUGGAGUGACUGCGUAUGCAAACUUCACAUUCAACACACCUUUGCCUAAGCAAACAUACCACCCUUUUCACAACCUGUGUGUGUGUCCGCGUGUGUGUCUGUGUGUGUGUGUCUGUGUCUGUAUAUAAGUGAGGGAGAGCUAUGCAAAUGGCCUGUAUGUAUCCUAUUGUCAGUGUAUGGUCAGAGAUUUUACCCCUGAAACUGUGACUGGCUGUCUUUAGACCUCGCUUUGUGUGUGGUGUGCAAGUCCAGGCCAGGGAGAGAUAAACAGUUUUUAUUUUUAGAUCCCACAUCCUUGAUGUUUACUCACCUUCAUUUUUUAUGGGAGAGAAUUGGAGGUAGAGAAUACUUGAUUGCUGUCACUGUCACUUGUGUUUACAGAAGCUUUUGCUUUUGUUAUUUUUCAGAUUGUCUAGUGUUUGUAAUACUGUUAGCCAGCCCUCCUACACUGUGGGUGCUGUGAGAACUGUAUCUCGUCAACAACCAAUCUAUGGCUGCCUUUAUUUUUUUAACUAAAACUUCUUUUUCUAGACGUGGAUAGGGAAAAUAAGAUCUGAAUGCUUAUCUUAGACGUCACGUGACAAACCACUGAUUAGCUUUGUUUGCUUCAGGUCAGGCUCUGGCCAGUGAGAUUGUUUGCGUAAAUCAAGCUUCAGGAUGCUGGUUUUAAGUUUCCGGUUUGGUGGCAUGCAGCUUAACACUGUGCAUCGACGCAGACUUACAGCACUCUGGCAGUACACAGCAGUUGCUAAAAUGCCCCUUCUCUGAUUUAUGUGUUUGACAGUGUUGAUUUUGAGUAAAAUAUCCCAAUACUGAAAACUUAGUUCCUUGUAAAAAAAACAAAAAAAAACCAGAAGAAAAAAAACAUGCAGACACUCUCUCCUCACUGUCUGUCCUCUAGUCAUGCAGCUACUUCAUUUCACAUAAAUCGCCUUGUAUGCAUUUCUUAAGAUGUAUCUUUUGGGGAGAAUGUGGUUGGUUGACAAACUGUUGUGUUCCCACAAUGAAAUAAGAAGUAAAGAGGCUGGACCUCCAUUUUAUUUAUUUGAUCUUAUAUGGAUUAUUUUCUGUAAUUGUUUAGUUUAGUUUUUGUUUUUUUUUCUUGCGGUUGAUGUGAUGAUUUAGUAGGUGACGUAUGACAGACUGUGUUAGAUGCACUGAAACGUGUAGUUAUGUGUAUUUAUGUGGGAUUGUGAGGUUUAGGUCAGCUGUUUAAUUUCAUUUAGUCAGAAAUAAUUAGCUGGCUUUUAAUGAAAUGGAUCAGCUGACCUGCAGCCUGGUGGGUAUUAAUCUGCUGAACAAACACGUUUGAGGAGGCCAUUUUGUGUGACAACCACAGGAAGAGCUAGACACCUAAUCAGAACAAUGCUAGUGGUCACUGUCUUUUACUGGGCACCUCCUUUAUACUAGUUUAUAAUCAAUGGUGCUGACCUUUCAGAGCUCCCUUUGUGGGAGUCUCUCUCUAUGUGCUUACUGGAACCAAUCUUAACAUCAUAUAGGCUAGUAUCGCCAGGCAAAACAUCCCUCCAACCUGCAUAUAAGUGGUGUAGAUAUUCAAUGUUUUUACAUCCACACAUUCGUAAAACCUGCUGCCUUUUCAUCCUGCCGGGUGAAGCUGAUUUGUGUAGUUGUUGCUCUGGUUCAUUGCCACAAACAGAAGCACGUGUUUACCUCCGAGCCAAUCACUCAGGAUGUGCCCAGUGGAAGUCAUGAACAGUAGCAGCAUUUGUGUUAAGUUUUUCUUUUCCACGUGUGUUUGAGUGAAAUGGCUAAACCUUUUCAGAGGUCUAACUGUCCUCCAUCUAAAAAAAAAAACAACAACAUUUUGUUUUCAUUUUGUUUUCCAGCACUGAUAUGAAAAGGAUUUAUAGUGACCUGGUUGUGAACAACUCACAGGUUCCUUUUUUCUAGUUCUUGACACUUACAUGAUACACUGUAUAUUAUAUAUUUUAUUUUUUCAUUGCUUUAAAUUAAAAGCUAGAUGGACAUAUAGAAAAAGCCAAAUGGUUUUAGUUUGAGUGUCAGACCCGGAGCGACCUCUUAGUAUAAAGAGGCUCUCUUGAUGAAGUAAAUAUUCUUAGAGUCCGUAUUAGGCUCUAAACUCCACAAUGUAGAACGAGUAGCUUCAUCAGCUAACACCAUGAAUCAACAACAUCGAUUUUCUGACUAUUAGAUAGCCUUGUCCACUAUGACCUAGUAACAGGGCCAUAUCGGACAGCGCUCUCUUGCUUUUUAUUAAAAACAGGAAAUGGAUUGUUUUCAGUUUGUGAUAAGAGCAUGCCGGCUAGUCUUGUUCCUGUUAUAUAUAUAUAUAUAUAUAUUUACUGUACAUGGUCUUAAUCCAGACCAAGACCAAGUCUGCUGCUCACUAAAGAGGCUACAUUAUACCAUAAUUUCACCUGCUCUGAUCCAUUCUGUACCAGUUUGAAUGAAGAAACCAUUAUUUGGGCAUCUGACAAGACUGGCAGCCUUAAAGCUUCUUAAUUUAUUGCAGUUUUUUCACUCAAGGUUUUUUUUUUUUUUUUUUUUUUUUUUAUAAGCAAAAAUAUUUAAAUUUAAAAAUAAAGUGCAUAUCAAGAAAAUGAUCAUUGUAAAUAUAGUUGUGUGUAGUGUUUUAGAAAUUCUAUAAGGUCUUAAAUCACUACAAAUGCUAGCAUAAAGAACAAGGCUUUGGAAGGAUUUGGCUGCAGGUUUAUCUGGUGCCAUUUAAGUGCUAGUGAAGCUUACACAGCGACAUCAAUGUUUUUACAUCCCUGCUUCCCAGCACAGCCUUUUAUUUAAUUUAAAUGAACAAAUAUCCUUAUUCCAUGAGUUUUAGAUUCUCUCACAAUCUCCGAGGUGUUGUGCAUUCCCGAGGCCUCCCUGUACUUAAUAUGCUGGAACAGUAGAAGAGACAUUUCACGGCACAUGUAUAGGCAUCACUCGUAAGGUGAAGUUCAGUGUACUUGUUUCUGUGUGAUGUCUCUUUGAUGGUGACAGCAGUUGGGGUAAGGUGUAGGUCAGAGGAAAGCACUGCAUGAUAGCGAUGUGUCCGCCAAAAAACACCAUAAGCUUACAAUGCAAUGCAAAACAGGCACCCAAACCAGCGACACAAUCCACUCCAAAAUCUACACAGAUUCUUUUUUCUUUUUCUUUUUUUUUGUUUGUAUGAAAGGUAAUUAUUUAAAAAGAAAAACGAUGCAGAUUGCUAAAUUAAAAAAAUAUAUAUCUUCUCUGAUUGUAAGGAGAGCAAUUCUCCUUGAAUUGAAGCCAUUUGAAGCCACUUGUCAAAACUUGAUGUCAGCCUUAUGUGGAUCUGUUUGUGUAUCGGCAUAUUAUCUUUUGAUUAUUGAAAUUUGUAUGAUGGAGAUUUUCUUUUAUACCAUCAUUGUUAUUGUCAAAGUACACCAAUAAAAUGAAACUUGUAAAGAUACGGUA